AUGAGAAAGAUUCAACCCACUGUUGCUGGUUUUAAUCAUGGAUGGAGCCACAAGCCAGAGAUUGUAGGUGGCCUCUACAAGCUGAGAACAACUCCUAGCCAAGAGCCAGCAAAGAAACAGGAAUCUCAGUUCAUGGAAUUGAAUUCUGCCAGCAACCUGAAUGAUGUCUACCCAAGAUCCUCCAUUGGAGUUCUGUCCUUUGUGUUGCAUUACAUCAAGAGAAAUAUGAUGUCUGGUUCUCCUACGUUUUUUGACAAGACUGAUCAGUGGGUUCAGGUAAAUCUUUUUAUCACUAUGGGAAACCACAGCAUGUUCAGUGACUUCAUCCUUCUUGGGCUGUCUGCUGACCCUCAGACCCAAAUUCUGCUCUUCGUCUUGUUUCUGAUGAUUUACCUCCUGACCCUGAUGGGGAACAUGGUGAUGUUGCUGGUCAUCAGGUCUGAUUCCCACCUCUACAUACCCAUGUACUUCUUUUUGGGACAACUGUCCUUCCUAGACCUCUGCCACUCAUCUGUCACAGUCCCUAAGGUGCUGGAGAAUCUACUUUCUGAAAGUAAAACCAUCUUUGUAGAGAGCUGCCUGGCUCAGGCCUUCUUUGUGUUUGCCACUGGGGGCACCGAGGCAUGUCUGCUGGCUGUGAUGGCCUAUGACCGCUAUGUUGCUAUCAGCUCCCCUCUGCUCUAUGGCCAGGUAAUGAGCAACCAGCUCUGCAUUGGGCUGGUGUGGGGCUCCUGGGGCCUGGCCUUUGUUGAUGCUCUCAUCAAUAUCCUCUUGACUGUAAAUUUAGACUAUUGUGAGCACCAAAGCAUUCCCCACUUCAGCUGUGAGCUGUCUUCUCUCUUCCCUCUGUCAUGCUCUGAUACCUCCACCAACUUUACAGUCCUGCUGUGCUCCUCUGUCUUGCAUUUCUUUGGAACCUUCAUCUUGAUCUUCUUCUCUUAUACUCGCAUUGUCUCCACCAUCCUGAGCAUCAGCUCCACCUCAGGCAGAAGCAAAGCUUUCUCUACCUGCACUUCCCAUCUCACUACUGUGAUCUUGUUCUAUGGCUCUGGUUUUCUCAGCUAUCUCUUGCCAACCUCAGGUUCCGUUGUGGAGAUGAUCUUCCCUUUACAGUACAGUGUGGUUACUCCCAUGUUAAAUCCCCUCAUCUACAGCCUGCAGAACGAGGAGGUGAAGGCAGCUAUGAGAAGAAUGUUUAGAAGAUAUGUUAACUCUUUCACAUAG